UUGGGAAAACCCAAUCCAAUAAUAAUCCGUUAAAGUAACAAACUUUCUUUAAUUUCAGCGUCUUUCUUUCACUAAAAGAACAAGGUUUCGUUUUGACAAUGAACGGAAUCUUUGUCACAUUCCACCAGACGGUCAUCGGGAUCUGACCCACAUUUUCUCCAGAAACAAAAAUAGAGUCGUCCCAUUUUCUUUUCUUAUUCCACUUUUGUGUUUGACAUGGUAAACGCUUACAUGAUUUUCUGUGUUUUCCGUUUUCAUGUCAGUUUCUUUUAACACUAGAGAGUAGAGACAGAAAGUUAUAGACAAAGAGAGUGAGCAAUUAUGAAAGCAGAAACCACAUCAAUGAAGAUUUCAAGAUCUGGGUUUUCAUCUUCCUGACCACCUUCACUUGAAUUUGUCCUCUGUUUUUUGGUGUGCUUAACUGGGUUUUCAUUUUCUAGUGUUGUUUUAAGUGUAUGAGAUUUAUAUAUGGAUACCAGCAAAGAGGAUGCAUUAAGGGCUAAAGGAAUUGCGGAAAGGCGAUUUACUAAGCAAGACUUCGUUGGUGCAAAGAAGUAUGCUGCCAAAGCUCAAAAACUGUAUCCGAAACUCAAAGGCAUUUCUCAAAUGCUCACCACGUUUGACGUGCAUCUAGCUUCUACUAAGGUCGACAUUCAUGGAGAGGUUGAUUUCUAUGCGGUUCUUGGAUUGACUCCAUUGGCAGAUGACAGUAUGGUUAAGAAACAGUUUAAGAAAUUGGCUUUGAUUCUUCACCCUGAUAAGAACAAGACUGUAGGAGCAGAUGGAGCUUUCAAACUUGUGUCUGAAGCUUGGGCAUUGCUAUCCGAUAGUAACAAAAGAGCUUCUUAUGAUCUGAGGAGAAGUGAAGCAACAGUAGCCUCAUUUUUCCAUCCAGCUUAUUAUGCCGUUCAAACUUCUGUUUUUCAAGGUUUGAACCAUUAUUCUAGCCCACUGAAUUCUCAUAACAUAGCAAAAUCGACUACUUUCUGGACAAUCUGCACUUCAUGCAGUGUUCAGUAUGAGUAUCUUCGUAAGUACGUGAAUAACAGACUCACUUGUAAGAAUUGCCGGAAGACCUUUUUGGCUACAGAAACAGAGCCUUGUUUAAACGGAUCGGUGCAAUUUGUUUACACAGAAUAUGGGCAUGGUAACCAGGUCACAUACAUCCCAACAGAUAGUUUUGUUUUAACAGGGGCCAGUGCUGGAUUUCAUUCUGGAUUGACUACCGUGAAUCAGACUUUUCAAUGGAACUCAUUCAGCGAAACGUCUGGUGAGGUUGUAGGUGGUCAGGCAUCCAUGACUACUUCUGGUGUAUUACAUAAACCCAAGCAGAAACGAAGAGUAACUGGUGAGAAGACGGCAACCAACGGUAAAAAUCUUAUGGUUAAGAAGAAUGUCGCGAUAGCCAGUGUUCCGAAGCCUGAAAGACCUGAGAAGAAAAGGAAGGUUGAUGGAAAAUAUACUGGUAAAAAUGCCAAUGUUGAAAUAGGUCCAGAAUCUAUGAAUCCAGAUGUCAGAUUGGUCAAUGGGAAUGGAAAGGCCGAGUGUAGUGCCAAAGCACGGAAAGCAAAUGUGGCGCCUGCUAGACAUUCCACUAUUGUGCCAGCAUUUGAUGCUCGUCAAUUAUUAAUUGACAAGGCAAGCAAAGCAAUCAGGGAGAAGUUGGAGGAGAUGAAAUUGGCUGACGCUGUGGAGAAGGCAAAGGCUCUACAAGUAGUUGGCAAGUCUGAAGAGCUAAUGACCACAACAGAGCUAGUAACUACAACGGCAGACCUGGGUGUCUCUACUGAUCAAUCAGCAAUACCUGGUACAAUCUCAAUAGUGGUUCCUGACCCCGACUUCCAUGAUUUUGACAUGGAACGAUCCGAGGGUUGCUUCAAGGCGAAACAGAUAUGGGCUUUGUAUGAUGAGGAAGAUGGCAUGCCACGCUUGUAUUGUUUGACCCGGCAGGUAAUUUCCUUGAAACCAUUCAAAAUUCGUGUAAGCUACUUGAAUUUCCAGAGUGAAGCUGAACAUGGGCAAGGGGCCAAAGCAUGUGGAUAUUUCAAGGCAGGUAACUCUGAUGUUAUUGGCACGGUCAAUAUUUUCUCUCAUGUUGUUUGUGGGGAGAAGACUGGAAAGGGGGGAGUCAUCCAAAUUGUCCCUAAAAGAGGUGAAAUAUGGGCCGUGUAUAUGAAUUGGUCAUCGGACUGGAAUAAUAUAACUACAGAGAAAACAACAAACAAAUAUGAAAUGGUGGAAGUUCUUGAUGAUUACACUGAAAAUCUAGGGGUUUGUGUUAACCCACUUGUUAAGCUGGACGGGUUCAGGACUGUAUAUCAAAGGAGGACAGACAAAGACAUUAUUCGAUGGAUUCCGAGUAAAGAGAUUCUACAAUUUUCGCAUCAAGUACCGUCGUGGUUGAUCGAAGGGAAAGCUAAUUUGCCAGAUGGGUGCUGUGACCUUGACCCAGCAGCGAUUCCAGAAGAGCUGCUUCAAACUAUAUCAUAGGGUAAUAAAAACUGACUUCACUUCUAUUCCAAUUAAACAUUAGAUUACUUUCAUGACAUCAAAUCUGUAGUAUUUGAGACAAUUAGAUUACGAAAAUGUACAAAUAUAUAGUCCCACAUGUUAUAUUGGGACGUGACUGUCAUUCAGAUCAGUUUAUCAACUGAAAAUGAGAUCAAUUGUUGUACCCUGGUUCCUGUUAGAAAUAAGUUCAUAAAUGGGAUUUGAUGCUUUACUUUUUCUCUGA